UUUUUUAGCUUGUUUUGAAUCGCUUCCUUGAGAUGCCAAUCAAAAGAGGUCAUGUUGCCCCUCAAAACACAUUCAUCGAUACUCUCAUUCAAAAAUUUGACAGUCAAGGUCGAAAAUUUUUAAUUGCCAAUGCUGUUCUUCCUGGAGCUCCGAUCAUUUUCUGUAAUGAUGAAUUUUGCUCCCUUUGUGGGUAUUCAAGGGCUCAGAUACUGUGUCGUUCUGCUGCUUUGGAAUUUUUAUAUGGACCAUCGACUUCAUCCACAUCUAUCAAGGAUUUGAAAACAGCACUAUCGGAUUCUGAGGAGAAGGUUAUCAUGGCUGUUCUUUGUAACAAAUCAGGCAAUCAGUUUAUUUGUCAAAUAACAGUUGCUCCAGUACGUAAUGCAGAAGGCCUAGUUCGCCUAUACAUUUUAACUUUUGUGGUGAAUUCUGAAUAUCGAAAAAGAAAAAGUACACAUCUGCCUAGUAAAACAAGCUUAAUAAAUGAUGGAAAAUGUAAUAGAAAUUUUAAACAACAUCUGUGUUGUAUUCCUGCCAGUGAAGAAGAAUUACAAACAGUCAGUCAGUCAACUAAUAUUCAAAGCCAUAAUGAUGAAAUUGAACAGUCAGCUUCUAAAUGUAAGCCAGAAAAUUCACCUUCAGUAAACUCUACAGAACAAGAACUAAGUUGUACAUGCUUAGUGCAACCAGGUGAAUUAAAACAAUCUCUAAAUCGUUCUAAUUCUCUUGAGAACAUUCCCGUAAAUGUUCCAAAGGAGCCGAAAAAAAGUCGUAAUUACUUAGUCUGUAGAGGUCAUUCUGUUGUGAGUACAUCUCCACGUAUGUCUAGAGGCAAUUCACUUGUUGGUCUUUCUCGUGGAUGUGGAGGAAUUGUGGUGAAUACUGACUCAUGGAAUGCAUCACGUCGUCAUGUGUCCGAAAAAGUUGCCGAGAUGCUUUCUAUGGGCCCUGAAUUAAAUCCAGAACAAAAACUACACUCUCCUCGUAUCCAUCCAUUCACUUUAAAACAUUAUGGUCCUGUUAAAGCAGUUUGGGAUUGGCUUGUUCUUCUAUUUGUAAUUUACACAGCUGUAUUCACACCUUAUGCAGCAGCCUUUCUACUUCCCGAUGCUAAAAGAAAAAGAAGACACAAUGAUGGUUGGGGUCGGUAUAGUGGUCUGACAUCGUAUCAGAAUCCAUUACAAAUUAUUGAUUUAUUUGUAGAUAUUAUGUUUAUUGUGGAUAUAUUUAUUAAUUUUCGUACAACUUAUGUAAAUCGAAAUGAUGAAUUAAUUUCACAUCCUGGUCAAAUUGCUAUACAUUAUUUUAAAGGUUGGUUUUUAAUUGAUGUCGUUGCAGCCAUACCAUUUGAUUUGUUAUUAUUCGGUGCUGAAACAGAUGAGAUGGCUACACUAAUUGGUUUAUUGAAAACUGCACGUCUUUUACGUUUAGUACGUGUUGUUCGUAAAUUAGAUCGUUAUUCAGAGUAUGGUGCAGCUGUUCUCCUGCUACUUAUGGCUACAUUUGUUUUAAUAGCUCAUUGGCUUGCAUGUAUCUGGUAUGCUAUUGGUAAUGUUGAACGUCAACAAUUCAAUGUACGAAUUGGUUGGCUUGAUCAAUUAGCUGAUCAAAUUAAACAACCGUUUGGUAAUAGAUCAACACUUGGACCAAGUAUUAAGUCAAAAUAUAUCACAGCAUUAUAUUUUACUUUUUCAAGUUUAACUUCAGUUGGAUUUGGUAAUGUUAGCCCAAAUACUAAUUCAGAAAAAAUAUUUUCUGUAUGUGUCAUGUUAGUCGGAUCCUUAAUGUAUGCUGGUAUAUUCGGACAUGUAAGCGCUAUUAUCCAACGGUUAUAUAGUGGAACUGCUCGUUAUCAUGCUCAAAUGUUACGCGUUAAAGAAUUUAUUCGUUUUCAUCAAAUACCAAAUCCAUUAAAACGACGUUUAGAAGAAUUUUUUCAACAUGCAUGGUCAUAUACAAAUGGCAUUGAUAUGAACUUAGUAUUACGCAGUUUUCCUGAAUGCUUACAAGCUGACAUAUGCUUACAUUUAAAUCGAAAUCUACUUAACACGUGCUCACCUUUCAAAAAUGCAAGUCAAGGUUGUCUUCGAGCGCUGGCAUUAAAAUUAAAAACAACACAUGUACCACCUGGUGAUACACUUGUUCAUAAAGGUGAUGUAUUAAAUUUUCUAUGCUUUAUUGCACGUGGAAGUAUUGAAAUUAUGAUUGGUUGUGAUAUUCUAGCUGUAUUAGGCCAAAAUGAUGUAUUCGGUGAGAGUCCGACGGAAUUUAUUAGUAUGGGUCAAUCAAAUUAUAAUGUGAGAGCAUUAACUUAUUGUGAUCUACACAGGAUUCAACGUGAUGAUCUAUUGGAGAUUUUAGAAAUGUAUCCAGAAUUUGCAAAACAAUUUAAAAAAGAAUUAGAAAUAACUUUUGAUUUACGUGAUUAUUCUGAUCCGUGUAUUCUUAAUCCAGAAUUAAUCCCACCAUCAGCUAAAUUCCCCAGAUAUCCUUCACCUGACCAUGUUGAUUCACUACAUCAGAACAAUGGUGAUAAUCAUGACAACAACAAUGAUAUUAUUUAUAAUAAUAGUGGUGUCAGUAAUCACAAUUCGGAUUGUGGAGAAGAUUUUGACGAAUGCUUUCAACUUCAUGAAACAAAUGAUAUCCGAAAUAUCCAUUGUAUGCCGUUUAUUGAUUGUUACUCAAAUGAUCAGUCACCAAAUGUUUCAAAUAAAACACCAAGGAAUCGAAAUAUUUCAUUGUCUAAAUCAAUUGAACAAAUUCAUCAGUACAGUAAUACAUGUACAUGUGAUUCUAAUGUAUUUUCAUUUACAAAUGAUAAUAAUACUAAUAAUACUAAUAAUAAUGAAUCGGAUAUAGUUAACUUGUCAUCAAGACGUAAAACGAUACAUGAUAAAUAUCCCACUGUCGAAGAUUCAGCUAAUGUUUCACAACCAUCCUCUGCAACACCUUAUCCACUUCAUUCUAGAUUUAAUAAUAUUAAGCCUCCUGAAGGAAUAUAUUGUAUGGAACAUCAAAGUUUGGACAGAAUUAAUUCCUCAGAUGUAAUUGUAAAUUUGUUAACACGUCUUAGUUCAAUGGAAAACAAUCUAUCAUCAAUGGAAAAGAGAUUAAACACUGAACUUAAUCAAAUAUCGCAACUCAUUGACACCUAUUCAUCAUGA